AUGUCGAUAACUCUAACAGUUAAUCCGAUUCAUGUUUUUAGGUUAACAGGAUUCCAUCUGCCACCGCCAGUGACAAGUACCAAAUCUGUGUUUUCACUACGUUUGACCAGUGAUUUUGCAGUUAGUGCUCAUGAAUUUAAAGUAUAUUACAAAGAACUGCAGAGUAGCUCUUGUGGAAACCCAGGAGUUCCACCCAAAGGUGUAUUAUAUGGUACAAGGUUUGACGUUGGGGACAAGAUCCGCUACAGCUGUGUAACUGGAUAUAUCCUCGAUGGCCACCCUCAACUCAACUGUAUAGCCAAUUCAGUUAAUACAGCCUCAUGGGAUUUUCCUGUUCCGAUCUGUAAAGGCAUCAACGUUGGCCCCGUGGUGGCCGGAGUGAUUGGAGCUCGCAGGCCCCAGUACGACAUUUGGGGAAACACAGUCAACGUGGCCAGUCAGAUGGACAGCACCGGGGUCCAGGGCAGGAUCCAGGUGACCGAGGAAGUUCACCGGCUGCUGCGGCGGGGCGCAUACCACUUCGUGUGCCGAGGCAAAGCCAGCGUCAAGGGCAAGGGCGAGAUGCUGACAUACUUCCUGGAAGGCAGGACCGACGGAAACGGCUCCCAAACCAGGUCCAUGAACUCAGAGCAGAAAAUGUGUCUUUAUGGAAGAGGUGGCUUCCAGAGCAGACUGGCCAUGGCCCACCCCCCAGUGCCCCCUGCGGCCAGCCUCUCAGUCAGAGCCGGGAUGGGGGCUCUGCAGGGCUCGGGGUUCACCCCCUGUUCCCCAGGUCAGCACUUGCCCCCUGGAGCAGUUGGGAAGGAGGCUUAG